UAAAUGGUUAUAACAGAGAGUUUAUAAGUUAUAAUGCAUCAGAGUUAGAGUAGUACAAGAGCACUGAGUUAAAAUGUAGAUAAAGUUGUAGCAGAGCACAGAAAGUGUUAGCACUAAAGUCAUAUCAGAACACACACUAAGUGUGAACAGACAGGUUAUAGCAGGCAGUAAAUGGUUAUAACAGAGAGUUUAUAAGUUAUAAUGCAUUAGAGUUAGAGUAGUACAAGAGCACUGAGUUAAAAUGUAGAUAAAGUUGUAGCAGAGCACAGAAAGUGUUAGCACUAAAGUCAUAUCAGAACACACACUAAGUGUGAACAGACAGGUUACAGCAGGCAGUAAAUGGUUAUAACAGAGUGUUUAUAAGUCAUAAUGCAGUGUAGAUAGAGUAGUAACAGCGCAUAGAGUCGGAACAUAGAUAAAGUUAGCAUAAAUAAAGUUGUAUAAGAGCACAAACACACUUAGCACUCAUAGGGGAGUAAAUAGUUAUAACAGCUCUUAUAACUCCACUGAAAGUCUUUAAUACUGUAUGUCAUAUGUUGUAACUGGAAGCACUAACCCUAUGCUCUGUUAUAACUGUUUAAUGUCUGCUAUAGCUAAAGUUCGAUCAGAGCACAGACAUAGUUAGCACAGAGAGUUUAUAAGUUAUAAUGCGUCAUGGAUAGAGUGAUAACAGAGCUUGGAGUUAGAACAUAGACCAAGUUAGCAUAUAAAAAGUUGUUUUAGAGUGCAGACGCAGUUAGCACAGAUAGGUUAUAACAGGCAGUAAACAGUUAUAACAGUGUAUAGACUUGCAGAUAGUUAUAACCUUUUACUCUUUCAUGACUAUCUGUGCACUAUUAUAACUGCUCAGUCUCUGCUGGAAGUCUUUCAUACAUCUGUGUGUCGUGUGUUAUAACCAACUCUGUGCUCUGUUAUAACUGUUUACUGUCUGCUAUAAAUAAAGUUGUAUCAGAGCAGUCAGUUAGCACAGAUAAGUUAUAACAGACAGCAAACAGUUAUAACAGUGUAUAGGGUUGUAGAUAGUUAUAAGCAUUUACUCUUUUGACUAUCUGCGCUUUAUUAAAGCUCCAUAUCUCCUUAAUACAUCUGUGUGUAAUAUGGGAUAACUAUCCUAUGCUCUGUUAUAACUAUCUACAGCUCAAUAUGCUGUUAUAACUGUUUGCUGUAAGUUAUAACAUAGCAGUGCUGUGUCUGUACGCUACAACUUUAUGUACGCUAGCUUUAUCUAUAAGUCUAUCUGAGCUUUGUUCUAACUCUUAUUGUGUCUUGUUAUAAGUAUCUGUGCCGAUCUACACACUGUUACAUUAUCUGUGCCGAUCUACGCUCUGUUAUAACUAUCUGUGCUCUGUUAUACUGCAUUUCUGUUAAUCUACCCAGCGGUGCUCGUCUAUUAUUCCUUCCAUGCUAUGUUAUAGUUUAAUUUAUGUUCUGUUAACAUUCUGUCUACUCUGACUUUAUCUACCUCAAUCAGUCUUAUCUAUGCUCUCUCAUUACUUUAUCUAUGCUCAGUUAUAGUUCUAUCUGUGCUUUGCUAUAACUCUAUCUAUCCUCUAUUAUAACACUAUCUAUGAUUAUUUGCAUGUUGCUCUUACUAUGCUAUAUAACAUGUCUUACUCUAUAUAUGCUGUUCUAGCUCUGUCUUUGCUCUGUUAUAACUCUAUGCUCUGUUAUAACUCUAUCUUUUCUCUGUUAUAACUAUAUAUGCAGUUAUAAUUCUAUCCUUGCUCUGUUAUAACUUUGUCUUUGCUCUGUUAUAACGCUAUGCUCUGUUAUAAACCUAUAUAUGCUGUUAUAACUCUAUCUUUGCUCUGUUAUAACGCUAUGCUCUGUUAUAAACCUAUAUAUGCUGUUAUAACUCUAUCUUUGCUCUGUUAUAGCUCUAUGCUCUGUUAUAAUUCUGUCUUUGCUCUGUUAUAACUCUAUGCUCUGUUAUAAACCUAUAUAUGCUGUUAUAACUCUGUCUUUGCUCUGUUAUAACGCUAUGCUCUGUUAUAACUCUAUCUUUGCUCUGUUAUAACUCUAUGCUCUGUUAUAACUCUAUCCUUGCUCUGUUAUAACGCUAUGCUCUGUUAUAACUCUGUGCCUGCUCUGUUAUAAGCUUAUGAUUUGUUAUAACUCUGUGCUCUGCUACAUGCCUAAUAUCUGUUAUAACUCUAUCUAUGAUAACUACAUCUAUGCAGUUAGAAGCCUAUGAUCUGUUAUAACUCCACCUGUGCUGCAAUAUAACUCUAUCUAUGCUAUGUUAUAACUAUCUAUGCUGUCACAAGCCUAAGAUCUGUAAUAAAGCUAUAUAUUCUCUGCUAUAAAUCUUUCUAUGUUCUGCUGCAAACUUGGGGUGUGUUAUAAACCUAUGACCUGUUCUAAUUCUGUGUAUUCUCUAUUAAUGACCUGUAGUCUGUUAUAAUCUAUCUAUAAUAUAUUUAUGAUCUGUUACAAGCUUAUGAUCUCUUAUAACUUUAUCUAUGCUUUCUUGCAAAUCUGUGAUCUGUUAUAACUCUGUCUGUGCUCUGUUGUAAACCUAUGGCCUGCUAUAACUCUGUUUGUGUGCUGUUAUAACUUUAUGCUUUGUUACAAAUCUGUGAUCAGUUAUGACUCUACCUAGGCUCUGUUUAUAACUUUGUAGAUGCUCUGUUAUAAACCUAUGCUCUGUUGUAACACUGCUUAUGCCCUGUUAUAACUCUAUCUAUACUCUGUUAUAAAUCUAUGCUCCGUUUUAACACUACCUAUGCACUGUUAUAACUUUAUCUAUACUCUGUUACAAAUCUGUGAUCUGUUACAGCUCUGUCUGUACUCUGUUAUAAAUCUAUUCUCUGUUACAGCUCUAUUUGUGCUCUGUUAUAAAUCUAUUCUCAGUUAUAACUCUAUCCUGUAUAGCCCUGUCAGACUUUUUAAUAGAAGCAUACUGGAAGCUGUAUGAGCAGAGAACUCCAGGCUAAGCGAUCACUUUCCUGUCAUAUUCUGAUUCAGCCGCUCCGACCUGUUUGAAGGAGGGUCUGACUAGACACGCAGGGCUCCAUUACAAUAGAGAGUUUAACACUGACAGUGCAGGUGCUUUCCACUCAUUAUCAAACAUGAGCUAAGCGCCAAGGCUCUCUGCCGCGCAGCAGUGUGUCCUUGUGGAUGAUUCUGAGUGUGUGUGGAGUUGAAUGAUGCAGCCAGGCAUACAAGAAAACAGUAACGGCGAGUGCUCUCCCAGGAAGGAGGGCAGCAGAAUGCAGGUGGACCUGUCGCUCCACACACACAACGGGCAACAUUCCCAAAGUCCCACAUCUCCCGCCGCACAUAAGAUCAAACAGGAGGAGGGAACUGAAGAAGACUCAGAGAGAAGAGCCAUAAGCCAAGAUGAGACGGCCCACAGUGGGGAAGAAGGGUCGGUAUUGGAAGAGCCCAUGAUUGACAGCCCAAACAACCUACAGGAUGUCGGAGGAGGGGCUGAGGCAGCACCUGACGCUGCGAUACGAUUGCCUAACGGUGAUCGUCCGUUCCAGUGCAGCCAGUGUGGUGUGUCCUUCACCCAAAAAGGAAACCUGCUGAGACACAUCAAGCUUCACACAGGCGAGAAACCCUUCAAAUGCCCGUUCUGCAGCUACGCCUGCCGCCGCCGUGACGCCCUCACCGGACACCUGCGCACACACUCCGUGGGUAAACCACACAAGUGUAACUACUGUGGGCGGAGCUACAAGCAGCGCACAUCAUUGGAGGAGCACAAAGAGAGGUGCCAUAAUUACUUGCAGAGUGGUGGCAUGGACUCCGCCCCCAAUCCGGGCCCGUAUGCAGCAGAGGUUCCUAAAGAGCCGAGACCUAUGGGAGAGGUACCCAGCAUAGUGCCCUUCGAACGGCCGCCUGUCAUCGAGAGACUGCAGGCCAACGUGGCCAAGAGGAAGAGCACCACGCCACAGAAAUUUGUUGGAGAGAAGAUGAUGCGCUACUCCUACCCCGACCUGAACUUUGAUGUUGGCCUCAAGUACGAGAAGGAAGCAGAGAUGAUGCAGGCUCACAUGAUGGACCAGGCACUCAGUAACUCCAUCACUUAUAUAAACACCGAUACUCUGCGUCCCAUAAUGUCUCACCCGCCGCUGCCCAUGCCCGAGGUGGUGCCCAUGGUGAACCCGCUGUUCCACUCCGUGUAUCCCCUCGGCCCGCGCCUGGAGCGCCCGAGCAGCCGCGAUUCUCUCCAUCUGCCCCACCAUCCCCACCACCAAGUGGAGUUUUCCCGCGCCAACGGUGCCAUCGCACUGGCACGGCCCAAAACCUCCCAGUCGGUGCGAGGGGAGGUGCACGACGGGCGCGACCGCUCGCCCAGCAACAGCGGCCACGAUUCAGCCGACUCGGCUCGCAGCAGCCCACGAGACAAACUGGUGAAUCAGACGAGUGCCAGCGUCAGGGCAGCUCUGGCACGGCCGGACGAGAGCGGCCAUCACCCAGGCGUCAGAGAUGGGAUCCGAGUGUUCGGUCCGGAAGGAAACGAGGUGCGGGUGUUCCAGUGCGAGCACUGCCGCGUGCUUUUUUUAGAUCACGUCAUGUACACCAUCCACAUGGGCUGCCACGGCUACAGAGACCCCCUCGAGUGUAACAUCUGCGGCCACUGCUGCAAAGAUCGCUACGAGUUCUCCUCGCACAUCGUCCGCGGAGUGCACACCUUUCGUUAAGGAGACGCAAACUCUCCCCUGGGAUCCGGGAUCCUGGGCGGCGUUGGAGAUGUCGAGCCGAGCAACGAUAUAUAGCAAAUACGUAUAUGAAGGUUUAAGUCCAGCAGGUUUUUAUUUUGAUUUUGAAGGCGAUAUAUUUGGGAGAGGGUUUCAGUUUAAGUAUGUAGAUGAUGUGAACAAUGUGUUGAAUUUUUUCUCCGCAUAGACAGACACUCACUUAUUUUCUUUUUUUUUUUUUUUUUUUUAAUCUACUGCACCAUCCAAAAAAACAGAGCAGCUAUAUUACCUUAAACGUCAUGAAGGUUUUUUUUGUGUUUGUUUGAUCUUUAUUGAGUCUUUUCUUGCUGUCAUUCCUGUCACAAAAGGACUUUUAGAGAUUUUAUAGAUGUCGCCAUAUGAGAGUAUCAGGAACAAAGUGCACUUGCACACAAGGGACCUUCAGGGGAAUAGGGAAAAGACUAAUAAAUGUUAAUCUUUUUUUUCUUUAUUGUGCUGCUGUGUUUUCUCAGUGCCUUGCCGAUGUUUUGACUGUUAUGAUUUAGAGCUUGCCUUUUCCCUCAUCUUUUUAGGCCAUGACAUAUUAUUAUAACCUUAGCAUUAGAGGUUGGGGUUUUUUUUUUCUGUUUUUUUUUUUUUGUUUUUUUUCACUAUGAGUAUGUGCAGGAUCACACUCUACCCCUCACGCUUGUGUACUACUCACUCUCCGUGCUGGCAUUGUGAUGUAGCUUUGUAGCCACAUUAAUAGACCAUCAGGCAGCAAUUUAUGAAAACUUUUUUUUUCUUUCUUUCUUUCUUUCUUUCUUUUAAGCAGCAUUCUGCACUGCAGCACACCUUAAUGAGCCUCUUCAUUGCAGCGGUAGCACGAUGUCUUAUCUGUUUGUCAGUGUAACUUCUCCUUCACUAACCCACUCACUCAACAGGUAACGAUUACAGCUCGCACUUUAUUACGCUGCUUUAUUAUGCUGGUUGUUACAAAAGCUCUAGUCUAGAGCGCUGGGUAUUAGCUUGUUUUCUUACACCUCAGGUUAGAAUUGACUUCUUACUUCAAGAAAAAAGUAGGUUCUCUACUUUUGUAGAUUAAAGUGUAGUGGUGUUAAACCUAAAUCUGAUCCACCUGUUUGCGUGGACCUGAAAUUGUACACCGGAAAAGCCUGUACUGCUGUAGAUAAAACGUUAAUAUAACUAAGUUCACACAGCUUUUUUAGUUUUAGUUUAUUAUAAUAGAGAACGUGCUCUGUUUGCAUUUCUCUACAGAAAUUAUUCGAUACUCAAAAAUCUAUUUUAAAAAUGAAAUCUAUUAAAUCCAAUACUAUUCUAUAUCAUACCACAGCACUGUUAAAUUCUCUAAUCUGAUUGGUCAGAAGGUUGAUUCCUUUUCUAUAACAGAAAUUGCAUGACAAAUCAGUUUUAUUAUUAUUCUUAUUAUUAUUAUUAUUAUUAUUAUUAUUAUUAAUGGACUCAUUCUAAGUCAUUAUCAUUUCUAUAGUAACAGCAUACACAGGAGCUUGUGUUUACAGCGGAAGCUCCUCAUACAUAAAUAAAUUUUAAAAAUGUGUAAUUGUUGAUAUGGUAAAGUUUUCUGUGAGGCGAAUGUGAGUUUAUUUUUACAUUUAUGGAAGGAGUCUCUAGUGUCAGUACUUUAACUGUAACAGUCAAAGUAUGUGAAGCUGAAACUUCUUUUGUAACAUUUUGCAACACAGCGGUUUCUCAGUAACAUGACAAGCUGUGUUUUUUUUUUUUGUCUUAUUAACUUCAAGAGAGAAAAAAAGAGAAGCUGGGGAGGGAACAACUGUUUGUAGCUGCUAUAACUUGUCUCGUAGACACGUCACGACAUUAAACAUAACUAUGAACGGAAAGACAGUACAUGUCAUACUACAAAAAAAUACAUAAUCAUUAGCGCACUGCUGUGGUAUGAGAGGAAUAAAACACUUCAGGAUGUGCUGUUGUAGGAAAAUAAUCAACUUCGGUUUGGCAACAGUUACUCCACCUCAUCACACCACCUUGUCAUUUACUAUGUUCCUAUAACAGCAUGCCUCCAAGUGUUUUAUUCCUUACUUCUUCCUCGUUUUUAAUUCUUUAACAGUGACAAUGCCAGUGUAUUUAAAGUGAAAAUUUGGACAGAAUAAUACAGCAGUGUUUCUGUUAAAACUCAUUUAGGAUUUUGCUUUCGCAUUGCUGUUAUACGUGUAGGAAAGUCAGCAUAGCCGGGAUAUCUUGUACAGUUUCGAUGGUCUGACACUUGUACCCUUAUUGCUUCCUGUAUCUUCAGUGCUUCGAAAACUCCUUCUCACUUUGGGGUGUUGUUCUUUUUGUUUUUUUUCCCUGUUUGCAUGGUGAUCAGUGUUAGCAUUGUGUGCUUUCUGCGCUUUUCACAUCACUCUCCUUUACUAAGUGGAUUAUGGGUAAAAACUGUGAAUGAUCUCGAGACCGUGAGUCGUAGCACUGCUCGAACACAUACAUUCCUUUUUACAUAAAGCAUUGUUACAUGUAAUGUGCAGUUAUUUUUAGGAGUUUUGUGUGCCUUUUAUUUUUGAACAAACACAAGUAUUGAAAGUCAGUAAUGAAAUGACCAGUUGUAUGUAUUUUAUUUGAAUUUGUUUUAAUCUUUUCUGUCCGAGUCUUUUUUUUUUUUUUUUUUUUUUUUUUUGUGCACUGUAGCUUUUUAAGUGGAAAUUGUAGAUUACUUGUAAAAUGAGUCUGGAGAUUCAUUACAUAUCAUGUCUUACAGUCUGGCUUAUGUUUUAAAAAGUAAGGAAAAAAAAACAAAAGAACAAAAAAGGACAAAGAGGACCCAAAGAAGGAGGUGAAGGACGCAUCGCCGUAAAGACUAUGUUUACAGCCACAAGCACACGAGUGUUCAUUAUUAAAUCUACACUUUGGGAUCAGUGGAACGUACUUGAAGUUAAAUCAGUGGCACUCAGAGUCUAGCUUGUUAUUACAUUCAUGUGUACUGGGUUGAUAUUUUAUCAUUACUGUAAAUAUAUAUAUUUUUGUGAAAGAAGUGUUUUUUUAUUACUGUGGGCCUUACGAUCAGCAAAAACGAGGCCUUGCAGUGUAUUUUUAUAUAUAUAGUGACUAUAUGUAUGAAUGAAAUGCAGUAUAUUUUGGUACAGAAGUUAAACCGGGUUUAUCUUUUUUUUUUUUUUUUUCUGUGUGUCUUUAAACUUUUGGGCCUUCUCAGGUAUUGUAUUGCCAAGAUGCCUAUAGAAAAGCGGCAUCUUAAUGAACUGAUACGGUAGAAAGUUAUUUUCUAAGAGAAAAAGGAGGGUUUUUUUUUUUUUUUUUACAGAAAUGAGAUGUUAAGGUGUAAGAUUGUUUGACCCUCUGAAGGAAAGUUGUAAGGUGUCGGAUUUUAAAGCAUGGAAUUUUUCUGCAUUAAAUACCUUUAAACUCUGA